UUUUACAUCACGUGGAUGGCUAUGUGUGUGUGUCGUUUACCUGGAGAAGAGACGGCAGCAGGAUGCAUUAUGGGAAGAGGGUGAGCCGGUGGAGGCAAAGUGAUGCUCUGGGCAAAGAUCUGCUGGGAAACUCUGGGUCCAUUCAUGAGGAUGUUUGUAAACCCUGACACAGACCACGUACACCUCCUCAUGGCAGCAGUGUUCCCUGAUGGCUGCAGCCUCCCUCUGCAGGAACUGUUCAGGAACCGUUUGAGUUGAAGGUGUUGCCUCCAGAUCUCAGUCUGUUGGAGCAUUUCUGUGAUGUGUAUGGAGGCUCCACCUCACAACAUACAGGACUUAAAGGAUCUGAUGCUGAUGUCUGACACCAUAGGUCAUCUUCAGAGGUCUGUGGAGUCCAGGUCUCAACCAGUCAGAGCUGUUUUGGCAGCACAAGAGGGACAUAUGCAAUAUAUAGAGCUGCAGGAAUGAGCCUAAAACCAGGACGUAAGUUGCCAUGUCAGCACUUCCUGUUCCCUUGUUCCAAAGUCAAUGGGUUUUUGGUUAAAUGUCUGAAAUAAGGUCUGUGGUUUUAACACAAGCUCAAGACAUUUUCAUGUUUGAUUCUACAACAUAAAAUCAGUCAGUAAAUCACCCAGUAUCCCACAAACCUCUGGGCAACAGGUGUUAUACAGAGCAAUCAGAUUCUCCUGACUUUGUUAGAGAAAGAAAAGAAAAAGACAAAAUCUCAGUAAUCUGUUUAAAUGUGUUUGACAGCUCAGAUUGCUUAGUGACCCUCUGGAGGGCCCUGACCCCCAGGUUAGGAACCACUGGAAUAAACUAUCUGGAUUAAACUAAACUAUCUACCUGUAGUUAAAACUGGCUCUAACAGUAAAAUGCUGCAUUCAGCUUUUUAUUCAGGUGAGGAAUCAAAAUGUACUUUAAGUACAGAAACUAAAAGUAUUCAUGCAGAAUGGCCCUUUUCAGAAUAAUGUAUAUGAUAUUACUGGAUUAGAAUUAUUGAUGCAUUCAUGUGUUCGUCACUUGUUUGGUGGAGGUGACUUUAAUGACUAUUCAGGCUACAGGCGGAGAGAUGUGAAUCUCCCCCACUACUUUACUGUUCUCAAUUCAGGAGACACUGAGUCAUAUUUUAGAAACUGUAAAAUCGUGAUUUGCUACAGAGUCACAGAUGGAUUGUGAAAUGAUUGAGAGGAGUCAGCUGACCACACUGAGCUGCAGCGUCAGUGUUAGUGAUCAGAUCAGAUCUCAGUCUCAGUCUGAAGAGGUUUUAUGUCUCUGAGUUUCACCUGCAGUGUCUCCGUCUCUUUAAAGCGGGACUGGGCGGGUCACAUGUCCAGCUCCGGUGUCCCCUCCUCCGUGUCUUACCGGAGCCUGUGAGUGUGUGUGAGUGUGUGUGUGUGUGUGUUGAUGUUGUAAACCGGCCGCCGGCCUCCCUCCGCUGCUCCGUGUCCUCUCCGUGUCUCGGUGUAUAUAAAGGCCAGAGGAGGAUGUCAGCCCGCUGAGCUCCGGAGGAGAAGAUGCUGCCGCUCGGUCUGAUGCUGCUGCUGCUGACGGCCGCCGCCGCCGCCGCUGACCCGCCCGGGACGGGCGCUCCGCCGCUCCGGGGACCGGAGCUCGGCUUCUCUCCACCGGUCUCUGCCCCCCUCCUCCCCUCGCAGCCCGGAGCGGAGUACGGGGCGCCUGGUGUAGCCUUGGCCCGGUCCGCGGCGGAGGAGCCGGCCGGCCCCGGCGAGGAGGAAGAGGCUGGGGAGCAUCAUCAUCACGGCGGCGGGUACCGGGUGGUCCAGUGGGAGUGGAGCUACGUCCAGACUCCGUACAUCAUCGCCAUCUGGCUACUGGUGGCCAGCGUGGCCAAGAUCUUGUUCCACUUCUCCCAGCGGUUCACCACCGUGGUCCCAGAGAGCUGCAUGCUGAUCCUGUUGGGUCUGGUCCUGGGUGGGGUCGUCCUCAUAGCCAAUAAGAAGCAGCUGUAUCAGCUGGAGCCUGCCCUCUUCUUCCUCUUCCUGCUGCCAACCAUCGUGGGAGAUGCUGGGUACUUCAUGCCGGCCCGCCUCUUCUUUGACAAUCUCGGAGCCAUCCUGACGUACGCAGUGGUCGGAACACUGUGGAACGCAUUCUGCACCGGAUUCUGCCUGUACGCCGCCAAACUGCUGGGGGUCAUAGAUGAGCGCGUGCAGGCAGACCUGAUGGACUUCCUAUUGUUCGGAGCGCUAAUCUCGGCCGUGGACCCGGUGGCAGUGUUGGCUGUGUUUGAGGAGGUUCAUGUCAAUGACACGCUCUUCAUCAUCGUGUUUGGAGAGUCGCUGGUCAAUGACGCCGUCACUGUGGUUUUAUAUAAAGUCUACAUUUCCUUUGUGGAAGUGGGAGCAGAGAACGUUCAGACAGCAGAUUACUUCAAAGGAGUCGCUUCCUUCCUCAUCGUCAGCAUUGGGGGGACUUUGGUGGGUUUGGUCUUUGCUGUCAUCCUGGGCUUCAUCACUCGUUUCACCAAGAAGGUCAGGAUCAUCGAGCCCCUUUUUGUCUUCCUGCUGGUCUACCUGGCCUACCUGACCGCUGAGCUCUUCUCCCUGUCUGCCAUUUUGUCUAUGACCUUCUGUGGAAUCGGAGCCAAUAAAUACGUGGAGGCCAACAUUUCCCAGAAGUCUCGGACCACGGUGAAGUACACGAUGAAGACUCUGGCCAGCAUUGCCGAGACCAUCAUCUUCAUUUUCUUGGGGAUCUCAGCCGUGGACAAGUCCAAGUGGGCCUGGGACACUGGCCUAGUGUCCUGCACCCUCAUCUUCAUCUUUGUCUUUAGAGCUGUCGGUGUCAUUGGUCAGACCUGGGUUCUGAACCGCUUCCGGCUCGUCCCAUUGGACAAGAUCGACCAGGUAGUGAUGUCUUAUGGUGGCCUGCGGGGGGCAGUGGCCUUCGCUCUGGUGGUUCUGCUGGACGGCAAUCAAGUCAAAGCCAAAGAUUAUUUUGUCGCCACAACGAUUGUGGUCGUUUUCUUCACAGUCAUGUUCCAGGGUCUGACCAUCAAACCUCUGGUGAAGUGGCUCAAAGUUCCUCGUUCCACCAGCAGGAAGCCGACCAUCAACGAGGAGAUCCACGAGAGGGCCUUUGACCACAUCCUGACAGCAGUGGAGGACAUUGCAGGGUUGCAGGGAUACCACCACUGGAGAGACAAGUGGGAGCAGUUUGAUAAGAACUACCUGAGUAAGCUGCUGCUGAGGAAGUCUGUCUACAGGAAGAGUGAACUGUGGGAGGCCUAUCAGAAGAUAAACAUAAGGGAUGCCAUCAGUGUCAUCGACCAGGGUGGGAACGUCCUGACCUCAGCCAGACUGUCUCUGCCCUCGAUGGCCAGCAGAGCUUCAUUCCCUGAAGUCACCAAUGUUACCAACUACCUGCGUGAGAAUGGCAGUGGUGUGUGUCUGGACCUCCAGGUGAUCGAUAAUGUCCCCGGAGCCAAAGUGGAGGAGGACACCGAGACGCACCACGUCCUCGCAGAAAACCUGUAUAAACCCCGAAGACGGUAUCAGUCCCACUACAGCCGACACUUCAUGCCUCUGGGGGAGAAGGAGCGUCAGGACCGGGAGGUGUUUCAGAGGAACAUGAAGAGCCGCAUGGAGACGUUCAAAUCCACCCGAUACAAACGACACAAGAAGGAGCGCAGCCUCAAGAAGCGCCGAGGAUCCGACGCCAAGGAAGACAGCAGUGACAAACCCAGACGCAACGUCAGCUGGCAGGACAAAGAUCCGGUGGUUGUUCCCGUGGAGUCGGAGGAGGAUAAAGCCGAACACUCUGACGCAGAGAAGGAGGACGACGUUGGGAUCACCUUCGUGGCUCGCAAGGCCGAGACGCCCAAACAGCGACCCAAAUCAGUCCCUGCAGCUCUGGACGGGUGUCAGAGUCCGACAGCUGCCCCCUCCUCGCCCACCAGUGGAGACAGCCACUUACCGUGGAAGGGCAGCGUGGGCUCACCUCCUCCCUGUGUGUCUGUGGAGGCCACAAAGAUCAUCCCCGUGGACCUCCAGCAGGCCUGGAACCAGAGCAUCUCCUCACUGGAGAGCAUCUCCUCCCCGCCCGCCCCCGCUGAGCCCAUCCACCCCCGGGUCAGCGCCCUCUCCAGACUGGGAGGACCCCGUCCGGCUUCCUACACCCCGCCAGGCAGCAUUGGAAGCAGCACCUCCUCCAUCGGAGCUCAGGUGUCGCAGGGCUCUUUCGGCUUCUCAGAGAAGAAGAAGGAGGAUGAAGAGGAGGAGGAGGAGCAGGUAGCGUCUCAGGAGAUGCAGCCGCUCAUGUCGUCUCUGAGGCCCCCUGGACCCCUGUCGCCUCCACUGCCUCCACCGGGCUCCGCCCCCAACUCAGGGAGGAGGAGGAAUCCCUGUGUCUACCUGAGGAGCCUGGUGACGAUGCCCCCCACUGGCAGUGGCGAGCCGCACAGCAGAGGCCCCACCCAGCUGUAACAACAGAACCCAGAUCAGUAAAACAUCCGACACCUGCAGAGCAGAGCAGGAACUGAUCCACCAAUCCACACACACACACACACACACACACACACACACACACUCAGACCUACCUGUCAGGCCGUCCAAUAGGAAACCAGCUCACUAUGUCUGUUUCACCUUAGAUCUUCUCCGUCUGCAGCUUCACGUCUGAUCUGAUAAUCAUCCGUCACUUCCUGUAGUCUGAGCUCAUUUUAAAGUCUUAGCUGCACAUCACCAGCCGCCACAUAUCACCAGCUCCUGUGGGUUGCAGGUUGAGAGUCUGACACGGGAUUUUCAGAUUUUCAGAAUAAAGGUACUGACAGCUGAUUGGUGAUAUCUUUUAAAAAAAAAAAAAGUUUUGUAAAUUGUAUGAUUUUUAUGUGAAAAAACUCCACAUAUUCAGAGUUUCUUCCUUCAGUAUCAUGUCAGUCGACAUCACAGCUGUGUUUCUUCCCUCUGCUGCUGAUCCUCACUCCAUAUUAAAAACAACAGUGAGAACACAUGGAGAACUUCAUGACACAAAUAUAUCGUUUCAUUUAAAAAGAAGGCGCAGAAAUUUCCUAAAACAGCUGCUCACUGUAGUUUUUAUCAAACAAACCGGAGGGUAUAGCAUGCUCUUUGGGGACUGUUUUCAGCAGCAGAGUAAUCCACUUUAGGUGCUGUAAUGAGUUUUUGUGUCAGAUCCACUGAGCUCACUGUUGACAUCCACAGUUUACAGAUGAGUUUCACAUCAACAAUCAGCUAAAAGUGUGUUUACACCUGGUAUUAAACUGUAAACAUGCUGUGAUCAGAUUUGUCAGUCCUCUUCUGGAGGUUCACAUCAUGUUUAGAUGAUAACAAAAACACGCACAAGGAAGCUUGUGAGGAAAAUGGCCGCUGCCGCAGAGGAGACAGGAUGACAACUCUUUACAUUAAGAGCAAGAAAAGCUCCUACGGGCGUCUGCAGAAUCUGCAGAGAUGUUUCUGCAUAAACUGAAAGUCCACACAAACAAAUUAUCAGCGUUUUUUAACACAUGCUGUCUGCCCAUGGUGGCUCUGCUGGCAGGAAUGAUAGACCUAGUCCUCUCCUCUGUAUAUAGAUAUGUAGACCACCAACUGCAACCCCCCACCAUCCCAUAACAGUCAUUCUAGGGGAAACACUGCAGAAUGACAAAUGUAAAGUUACAGUAAGUGAAAGUAAUGUUCCAUCACAUUUUACAUGUAUGUAGUGAAUAUUGAACUGAAGAUUGACAUUAAAAAAUGUCUUGCAAAUCAAAUUGCAAUAUCUGUCAGCCCUAGUGUAAACACAGUCUCUACAGCAUGACCUCUGAUCUCUGAAUCCCACUGAGCUCUGCUCUCAUCAGCAGUUAUCUAACAUGUAAAGACAGAAGCUCUGACAGUUACAGUGAUGAGUAGAAAUGUUAGAUCCUCGUCACAUGAAGCAUCAGGAAACCAGAUGGAAGCUAAACUGGACAGUUCCUACAGAAGCAGCUCAGUUUACAAAGCCAUGUCUGACUACUACAGCUGAUCUGUUUCCACCUCAGAUUAAUUUACAGAGGACAAAGACCUGAUAGAGAGGAGAAUUAGAACACAUAAUUAUCAUAUGAUGAUAAUUUAUUAUCUGGAAUCAGAUCACAGUUUAAUACCACGUGUUAACAGGGUGUUAGUGUCUGAGGGAGCUUCAUUAUUAAACUAUAAUUAUUAAACUCUUCAUGGACAGAAUCAGUGUCACUGCUGCUCUUUAGGUCUUUAUAGGACAAACAGUCUAUAUUUAAUGCUAUGUAAUCAGUCAAAAUCUGCAUCAUAUUAAUCUGGUGGAUUGUCUGUUUUAUUUACAACCUGGGUCUUUUGUUUUGUCUGAGCACUUGGUGAAUACACUAUCAUCAAAGCUGAUGGAUAGAGGACCCAUGCUGUAAUAAGGUGGAAUUGUCUUUUAAUGCAGUCCAGUCUGAGCCUGUUGAUCUCUGUACAGCUUCACCUGCAGUUUGACACUAAACUGAGAGAAGCUUUUAAAGCCUUAUUUCUCUGAUUUUCUUUACAAACAUGCAUCCACAUGUCUGACGUGUAUUUAUUCUGUCUCAUAUAAAAUCUAAAACUGUAUUUUGUAAAGCUGCAAAUAUAUCAAAUCUACAGAGUAGUUUAUUUUGGAAGACCAAAGUGUGUAAAAAGAGCAUAAUGAACAUUUAUACAGUGUGUAUCUGUCUAUAACUGCCUUACUCUGUUGUGUCUGUGUCGCUGUGUGUUGUGUUUUAUCUGUGUGUAGGUGUAGACCAAUCAUCAGGCCGUCCACAGGUUUAUUAUUUCACCAGCAGGCUGUGUACACGCUGAGAGUCGAGGCGGCUUCUUUAGUUUUCAGUCUGUUGUGUUUUGCCAAAGAGUCUUGUUUGCCUUAAUGUCAGAGCUGCUUUCACACACUCAGCUUCAGCUCCGGCAGCGGCCGCAGCAGCUUAACCUCAGGUGGAGGUCCUGGUUUAUACUCACACAGCAAAAGGUCAAAGGUCGUAUCAUGACACAAACAUGCACUGCAGUCCACUUGUGAAGUCGUCACAUCAUGGCUGACAAAAAUACUGUUUCCAGGUCGAGCUUCUCUGAGUCUCCUGUUUUCAAAAUGGUGCAGUGCUGUGUCCAGUGUUUGAACAGAUCUGAACAGAGUCCAAAAAACUGUUCAGUGUCAUUCUACUGCUUUCACUGUGACGAGAGGAGAAGAGGAAAUGGCUGCAGGUGAUAAGUCACAAUUUUUGAACUAAUGAAGAAAAACAGUUUGACAUCAGCAAGUUAGCUAGCUAACCUAGCUAAUGUUAGCACCAGUUAGCAGUACAGUUUGGUUCUUGCUAUGAGCCCACAUCUUCAUGUUUCAGUUGUCCUUUUCUGUGCUGGCUAUCUUCACUCAACUAAGGUGAAAACAGACGACCAUAUCUAGCCAUUUUCGUUAUUUUGGAACCCAGGAUGCAGCACUGCAGCAUCUUAAAAACAGGAGAGCCUUGGAGAAGUUGGACCUGGAAAUAGUACUUUUGUUGUGACGUCAAGCAGAUACACAUUUCAGACAGUAGGUGCUACAUUAGAAAAAAUUUGCAAUCGUUCACGUCCUCAUCAAUGUUUCAGUCUCAAAUGUGGUUCAUUCAAGUAUAUAAACACAAAAGACAAUGCCUGGUACAAGAGCACGACCCCAGUGAACUUAGUCAUCGUGUGGUUUUCUGCACUGGUGGGGGUAACAAACAUCAGUCUUCUAGGGGGCAGAAUAAAGCGCAUCAGAGCGUUCAGUCUGUGCGUUUUCAAGGUGGCAAAGCACAUCUUAGACAACAACUAGAGCGUCAUCAAACUGUUCAGCUGCGGUUAACGCCCCCUAGCUGCAACACCCAAACUGCAGCUUGUGAUUGAGUUGUGUUAAGAUUUUUCAGGUGAUGCCCCAGAACACAGCAACUUCUGAAUCGGAUCUUUUGUAGCUGGAGGCAUCUGCGUUUACAUACUUGUGAGGACCAUGUUUGGGGCCUUAUUGUGCAGCUACAGGAGUUAAAAUUAAAUCCUUGAUAACAGAACUUAUUAAUGGUUACCAAUAAGUGUAACUUGAAUCAAUUAUGUUAUUAAUUUAAACAUACUGUGCCUGUAUAAUACAGCACUUUAGCAAUUGAAUUUGGGUUUAAUUACCUUAAUGACGAUUUCUGCAUUUCUGGAAGAAUCCAACUUUCCAGUCAUAACUGUGACUCAGAUGUUGACUUGAAUGGAAACUGAUAUUUACGAAAACUUCCAGGUCACAUGAAUACAACACAAAGUAACACCCUGUGUAAACAAAUGAAGUCAAACAGAUGAGUUAAAUGAAUGUGUUUGAACUGAUUAAACAGGUAAAUAUUAGAGUCACCAUCUUGCUUUCAAAGCUCUGGUUUUGCAGCGAUGAAGAGUUCAGUCUGUAAAGUUUCGUCCCUCAUGGCUGCCUCCUCUUCUACAUCUUUAGUUUUUGCAAACUGUGCAGGUCUCUGUGGUUUCAAAUGUCUCUGUUAGCCCAUCGACCUGCAGUGUUGAUUUCUUGGCACCUGAUGUUAAGCUGGUGCAGCAGCUGUUUGUGAUGUCUAGUGUCUUUUCUUGUUGCCUCACUGAACCACAAUGACUGUAAUAACAGACAAAAACAGAAACAUGCUACAGCUUGUAGAAAGGCCUUUAUACUGUAAAGAUACUUGAACUGGAGCUGACACCAGAUCAGUUGUGAACAGUCUGGUCCCAGCACAGGAGCUUCAGCACGUCCCUGUUGAUCAUCGCUGCAGCUUCAUUGUGGAUGUUUUAACUCUGAACACAGACGCAGGAAUGUGCUGUAGAACGUCAAGUCUCGUUUUGUUUCUGAGGUUUUUGUUUCACCUGUGAUUCAGGUCGUUGUGGGUGGAAAUUUGAAUGAAACAUACGUCUCUGUGCCAAUUGUUUGCUAGCCUUGGCUCCUGCCCCAGAGAAGAAAAAGUCAAUAAAUGUGAGAUGUUUUUCUGAAUGAACUCUGUGCUCGUGCUCACUUUCACUUUGUCCUGCUUUGGGUGAUUUAUGCUUGAUUACAGUUUUAUGCCACUGGUACUUGAGACUUUUUAUAGCUGUAGUUAUUGACUUUACAAAUUAAGAAAAAACCUAAAACACAUUUCAAGUAUUGUGUGUUGUUUUGCUAUAAUCAGUAUGCAGCAACAGUAAAAUCAACAGGUAAAAGAAUCACUCCCUGAUCUUGUUGUGGUGCUUAAUAAUGGUGGUACUUUUAUUUUUAAUACUCUUGGCUUGUGAUGGAGAAUUAUUAAACUGGGUUAUUGUUGCUUUUACUUAAGUACAGAGCUGUGGAUUCACAUACAGAUUCAUUUGUACAGUAA